AUGGAUUUCUUUUCCGAGAUCAUAGGCGAAACUAUAAUACUUGGUAUAGAUUCUUUGAUAUUAGGAUUCUGUGUGAAUCAGCUGAGCAAAUGUAAACAUGUAUUGAAUGCGUUACAGUCAGCACCAGUGCUUGAUAUCGACUCAACAUUAAAUAGAGAGAUAAGCAAGUAUCCCAGUCAUGUGAUCCCAUAUGUAGUGAUAAGGGGCCUUGUGAAACCGCUCGGCAACCCCAUAACAAGCAACUACAAUCAAUCUGUGACAGGUGUGAUACAGAGGUUAACAAUAAAAGAGCAUGUGAUAGCAAGAACAUCAGCGGGGUUCUGGUCGGACCAGACUCGCACGAUCACUGAAGUGUACAACUCAACUCCAUUUGUUCUGAACAGUGGCAAAUACAGUAUUGAAGUUGUGGACGCUCUAGCUGCAGAACUAUUAGACUUGGAUGUAAUAUCGGAUAAGUUUGAACCAAUGUCCCCCGGCGUGAUCGAUCAUGUCUGGGGUUUCUUCUCUGGAGUUCGUCAGCGGGGUCUUCAAACUAUGGAAGAAAUGCUCCGAGAUGGAUCAUACAUAACCGUUGUUGGAGAAUUGAGUAGGACCAGUUCUGGCCUUAAGAUCCAGCCUCCUAGAGAUGGCUUGCCACUUUAUCUCACCACUUCCACAAAGUCAAGUUUAUUAAAAAGACUCGCCAGUUCACGAGAUUUCUUGAGAGUCCUCCUAGCGGUGUUCGGCACGGUGGCAGUUAUAGCGUCCGGGCGCAUUGUAUACAAGUACCUGAAGCGGAGACGGAGGCGCCUGGAGGACGAGAGGCUCAAGGCGCAGCUGGCGGCCGGCCGGCGCCGCCGCCGCGCCACCACGCGCGACCGCGCGCUGCCCGAGCUGCAGCUGUGCGUCGUCUGCACUGAGAACCCUAAGGAGAUAAUUCUGCUACCAUGCGGACACGUUUGCUUAUGUGAAGAUUGCUCAGAGAACAUCAAAGACAAAUGUCCAAUCUGCAGAGAGGCAAUAGAUUCUCGCGCGCCCGCAUUCAUCACAUAAGCUAUCAAUUAUAUUUUACAAUUAAUUUAUUUUAUACUUAGUGUUGCGUGUUGUAAAUACUUUAAAGCUAAUUUUAUAAGCAAGGCCUUCAAAAGGCAAGGUUUUGAAAAAGAAAAGAAGCAUUAAAAAUAGAGCGUAAUAUAUGGCUUUUUUUUCAACUUUGAAUUAAAACACCAUAAAACAAAGAUGUUAUCAAUAACUUACUGUACGUAAUUUAUUACGUACGUAUUACGUAAUAAAAUAGUAAACAAUUGUAUCAUUUUUCUAGUCACAGACACAUUUUAUCCAUUUUAAAUCCUCUUUUAUUUUAUAUAGGUUUUAUUUCUGUAGUGAAAAGUUAUGUAAGUGCACAUAGAAAAUUGUUGAAUUAUGAACUGCUUUGUAUUAAAUAUGGCUUGUAUGAGAUGUGGCCGAAACAAUGUGACUGUGUAUACCAGAAUUGUACAUUGAAAGUAAAUAUAGUUUGUAAGAUUUGGAUAAAUUAAAAGCUAUUUUACAUAAAUAAA